GAAUUUGAAUCACAUUACUUCUUAACGAUCGGCCGGUCCCGGUGUUGGUUGUAAAAAUGGUUUCUUUCAAUUCCCUUCUAUCAAUCGAAGACUGUGAAACGAUUAUUGAUCGUGCGGUGCGGAAAAAGGACGCCAACUGGGGCUUCAAAAUCGUGUCGUACGAUGCGGACUUCAUACCGGGACAACCCGGAUACGUUAGCGCAUACUACUUCCUCAAUAUCCAAUUCCAAAGUGAUGACGGUCCCGUCGAAACGAGGCGUUUCUUCGUCAAAACCCUACCGUACCACGACGCUCAGUUGACGGACAUUAUGGAACGGCUUGGGCUCUUCCGAAAGGAAGCUGUGUUGUACAACAAACUGCACGCUCGGUACACGUGUGACCCGGCAAAGGUGAUCAAGUGGGCCCCCGAGUGCUACCUCGCUCGGCGGGAACUGAUCGUGCUAGAGGAUCUUUCAAACGACCGUUACCGAACGUUGCCAUUUCAAAAACCAUUCAACGAGUGCCAUAUGAAGCUGAUUUUCGAACGACUCGCGCAGAUGCACGCGUGCUCGAUCGAGUUUGAAAUCAACCAGCUUGGCGGCGGCCGAUCGAUGGGUGCGCUGUACACCGACGACGCACUGUUCGAGUCAACGUUUACUCCGGAAAGUGAUUGGUUUGUGGCGGGACUGAAGGGUAUACUGGCGGUUGCACUGGAAAGAAGCCACCAUUCGAAGGAUGCAGCCAAAAGGGCAACGAUCGCCGGUCAGCUGUGGGAGCGAUUGGAACGUGUCUACACGCUAGCCCAGGAUACCGAUCAGUUCCGCUCGGCCGUGGUACACCGUGAUCUGUGGUUCAACAAUUUUAUGUUCACGUUCGACGAAGACGACACCGAAUGCGACAAACCGACGGGCUGCGUGUUGAUCGAUUUCCAGCUGGCACGCUAUCUGCCUCCGGCCGUCGAUUUUGUGUGCGCCUUGUACCUACUGACCGAUCGUGCUCAUCGCGAUCGGUACGAAAGGAGUUACGUUGACUUCUAUCACAACUGCCUGCUGCAGAAGCUGGCCAAUCUCGGCGUCUCGGAUGGAUCCGGUCUGUUGUCGAAAGCGCAGUUUGAGGCCAGCUUGGAACACUACAAGCUCCUGGGACUCGUGUGGACCGGUGUCCUGCACGGAUUUGUAAACUUCCCGCACGGCGUAAUGGAACGGUUGCACCAGGAAGACCCGGCCACGUACACGCGCAUGUCGAUCGAGGAUCGGAACGAUUUUAUUCUCAAGUAUUACGAUUGUGACCGAUUCUAUCGUGAACGGAUGGAGGACGUAGUGAACGAGCUGCUGGAGUAUUUGUUUGAUUUCCAUUAACAAUAACUAGUUGCCAAAUAAAUGCCUGUUCUGCCUUCUUUUUUCUUACAA